AGCCUUCCUGGUCUGGGGUCAGGAAGGUCUGGGCCAGGUCAAGGUCACGGGCAGAGGGUAGAAAGGAGACCACUUUCGGUCGGAGCAUUUUGAUAUCCUUUUGUGCAUCUCUCGGUGGCGGAAGAUCUUGGCUAGCAGGAGACUGGCACAACAAGCCCCUCCGUGUUUUACAAGAUAUCUCUUAAAACCAGAAGGCAGGAUGGGGGCGCUAUCGGCGGUCUCGACCGCAUUACUCCUCUAGACGCUCGGCCUGCAGCGUCGCAGCUUUCUUUUUACUGAGGGUGGGAAACAGACCGCACGCGUAGGUCGCGGUCACCUAUUCGGCUAGCUGCGCGCGUGCGUUAUCUUCCAGAGUGCAGGCUGCGCGGGGUCCGGGGAUACAGUGCGGGCGGAGCUGGCAGCAGCCCGGGCCAGGCACCUUUGUGCAGGGAGGGAGGAGCGACCUACUUCCUGAAUCACCUGCAAACCCCAGAGCAGGAGGCGAGGAGAAUUUGUCUAGCGCUGCGCCACGAUGUCGGGGGAAUCAGCCAGGAGCCUGGCAAAGGGAAGCGCGCCCCCAGGGCCGGUCCCGGAAGGCCUGAUCCGCGUCUACAGCAUGAGGUUCUGUCCGUUUGCUCAGAGGACCCUGCUGGUCCUGAAGGCCAAAGGAAUCGAGCAUGAAGUCAUCAAUAUCAACCUGAGAAAUAAACCUGAGUGGUUCUUCAAGAAGAAUCCCCUUGGCUUGGUGCCAGUUCUGGAAAACAGUAAGGGUCAAUUGAUCUAUGAAUCUACCAUCACUUGUGAGUACCUGGAUGAAGCAUAUCCUGGGAAGAAGCUGUUGCCGGAUGACCCUUAUGAGAAAGCUUGCCAAAAAAUGAUCUUUGAGUUAUUUUCUAAGGUACCACCUUUGUUGGCAAACUUCAUUAGAGGGCAAAAUAAAAAAGACUGGCCUGGCCUAAAAGAAGAAUUGAAGAAAGAAUUCAGCAAGCUAGAGGAGGUUCUGACUAAUAAGAAGACAACUUUCUUUGGUGGCAAUUCUCUGUCUAUGAUUGAUUACCUCAUCUGGCCCUGGUUUGAACGGCUGGAAGCAUUGGAACUAAAUGAGUGUGUAGCCCACACUCCAAAACUUAAGCUCUGGAUAGCAGCCAUGAAGGAAGAUCCCCCAGUGUCAGCCCUCCUCCAUGAUGUGAAGACUCAUCAAGGAUUCCUAGGCCUCUACUUACAGAACAGUCUUGAGGCCUUUGAUUAUGGGCUCUAAAGGGGGCAAAAAUCAGCAGUGAAGUUCUGUCUAAUAUUUUACUUCACGUAUGUGAAUAAUAAAUGCUUUCAUUCUA